AUAAUUAAAGGAGAGAAGGUGGAACAAUAAUACACCAGAGAGAGUACUUGAUUUCUAGGGUUUGAAGCACUUCCCCAAGUCGUGGCUGGAAAACAAGGGAAGAAAAAUGAGCGAAAGCACAGAGACCCAGAAGCGCCAAGCUGCUGAUUCAGAGAGCAAGGAGAAUGCUGUUGCUUCCAAGAAACCAAAGGUCGAAUCUUGUGGAACGGGUACCGAUGGUAAUGCCGUAAAGAAACCAUCUUUCCUCAUUGAAGCUGAUGCAGCUGAAGAUAAGGGCGCCAGGCACACCAUGGAGGAUGCGUCCGUCAUGCUUCUUGACGCAAGUUUAGAUUACCCUGGAAAUUUGAGAUGUGCACACUUUGCUAUUUAUGAUGGACAUGGAGGCCGGUUAGCUGCAGAAUAUGCUCAAAAGCAUUUGCAUCGGAAUGUUCUUUCAGCAGGAUUACCACGUGAGUUGUUUGAUGCAAAGGAAGCUAGACGAGCUAUUUUGAAUGGUUUCCUUAAAACUGAUGAGUCUCUUCUUCAAGAAAGUGCUGAAGGGGGAUGGCAGGAUGGUGCUACAGCUGUAUGUGUUUGGGUAUUGGGACAAAGAGUUGUGGUUGCAAAUUUAGGAGAUGCCAAGGCAGUAUUAGCUCGGUCAACUGAUGGAUCCCAAAACCACCCAGAUGGUGUCCAGACACAGCUGAAGGCCAUUGUUUUGACUAGAGAACACAAACCUAUCUUCCCACUGGAGCGUGCACGCAUUGAGAAGGCAGGUGGUUUUGUGUGCCCAGAUGGACGAUUACUAGCACGUCUAGAAAUUUCUAGGGCUUUUGGAGAUCGCCAAUUCAAAAAGGUGGGUGUUGUUGCAACCCCAGAUAUAUAUAAUUUUGAAGUUAAUAAUACAGAGCAUUUCAUCAUUCUUGGCUGUGAUGGUUUGUGGGGGGUAUUUGGUCCCAGUGAUGCUGUUGAUUUUGUUCAGAAGUUAUUGAAUGAGGGGCUACCUGUUGCCACAGUGAGCCGUCGUCUUGUAAGGGAGGCUGUUCGUGAGCGUCGCUGUAAAGAUAACUGCUCUGCCAUUAUCAUUGUAUUCAAGCACAAUUAAUCCCUGAGGCACCAUCUCCAUGUGUGUGUAAUACCAGGUGGGGUACCAAUAGAGAUGUGAUUUGUUUUCAGUUUCUGCUUUCAAAAGCAAUGUAAAAUAUGUGCAUUACUUCUCACUGCAAACUAAAUGGUGGCACUAAACGCAUACCAACUAGUCUUUUACUCUUAUAAAACUGAUUGUUGUUGUUAACUUUUUGUAAUACAUGUUGAAGUGUAGUGAAGAUCAACUUGCUUUACAAGGCAUCUAAAUUUGAACUCCGAAAGGAGAUAUUGACAAUUUCUGAGAAA